GAUAAAAGAAGCCCAAAACCCUAGCGAGACUGCAUCUGAAAACCCCAGAACCUGUAAGAGAGAAGAUGACGCAGAAAAGUGGGUUAUUCAAAGGCCAAAAGAAGAGGAAAACCGUUCCUCUCAACCGCCAUGGAAAGGCACCAACAACUCGUAAAGGGAAGAGAUAUGUAAAGCCCUCAAAUUUUACGAGCGCAAUGGAUACAGAUCGGGAGUUGACAAAGUUCAUAAACAAGUGCAAUGAAGUGAAGGCUGCCACUGCUGCAAACAAGGAAGGUGGCCAAUUAUGCAUAGUCAAAACACCAGCUGGGACUGAACCUGAGGCCAAGAAAUAGUUGGGGGCAACAACCAUAUCAACAUAUGGAGAUAGAGAAAACCUGAACAAAAGUUGUUAAGUUACUUCUCAUCCAAGAAAAAUUAACACUUAUUUUGCAUAGAUUUUUCUGUGUGAUUGAUUGUGUACCAUAUAUUAGCUUCAUAGCUUGUAUGCAGUUUUGAUCCAAGUGAGAAGUUUUGAUGAAUGAGGAUGUGAUAAAUACUUUAACUA